CUAUGUCUCUUCACUGUGGUUUGGACUGGUGAGUGUUGAAGAAUAGGCUGAGUACCGAUUAGCAUCCAAACAGCAUGUUGGUCAUAACAUUAGUUUAAAAGUUGUUUAGGAACAAUCCGCCUGUACAGUGUUGCUGUUCAAAGUGUUGGCGGAAGUGGAAAACAUGACUGCCAAUGAAGACCAGGAGAUGGAGCUGGAGGCUCUGCAGUCAAUAUAUGAAGGAGAUGACUGCUUUAAGGAGCUGAGCCCAGUUUCCUUUCAGUUUAGGGUAGGAGAUCUUGAUGACUCCAAAUCAUUUAUGGUAGAAGUGUCAUGGCCAGAAACUUAUCCUGAAACUGCACCACAAAUAUCAUUAGAAACUUUUUUCAACAACAGAUUAUCCACGGAGACAAAGCAGUACAUCCUCUCAAAGAUGGGUGAGCAGGUAGAGGCCAACCUGGGCACUGCCAUGAUGUACACACUCUUUGAGUGGGCCAAAGAGAACAGAGAAACACUUAUGGAAAACCACCAGCCUGUGACAUCUGCUGUGACUGUGAUAUCCAACAGUGAUAUUCUGAAUAAUUCCAAUGCUGUCAGUAAGAAAAAAGAAAAGAAAGAGCAACUAACCAAAGCACAGAAGCGGAAACUGAUUGGAAGAACAGAUAACAAAGGAGAGCUACCGAGAGGAUGGAACUGGAUAGAUGUUAUUAAGGUACAUUAUAAGUAUAAGAUAAUAACUUGUACAAAUAUAUUUAUAGUUCUUUUCUGAAUUAUUGCAACAUAUGUUUCUCCUUUUUCCAUGUGCAUCCUGAUAAUAUGUUCAUAUUUGCCAACAAACAGCAUCUGAGCAAAACAGGAGGAAAAGAGGAGGAUUAGAUAAAUGCUGUGGGAGAAAAAUGGAUUGAAGUAGUGCCGGAUGAAUGCUUGAAUGAAAUGUGUCUCUGUGCACUUGUUUUUAAAGAAAACUGAAAUGAAUGCUCCCUGGCCAUGAUUUUAUUUCAUCUGAAGCUGCUGCUUUAUUUUUUUUUGCCACAGAGCCAUAUUGACACCGAGUGCAAAGUCGAGCACUGCUUGUGUUUUCAAAGACGGUGAACUGGUUGUUGUUAUUUACAGUGAAACACCCUUAAGACAUGAACGGAUUGGGAAAAUGUGUGAUGUUCUGUUUCAAAGUAAACAAAUUUUGAACCUGAGGGUGCAUUCAGUGCAAUGACCUUAAAAUUAAAUUGUACUUGGUUUUACAUUAGAUGCAAAAACAAAAUUUGUCAACAAAAUGAGUUUCACAUAUUAAAUUUUGUGAGGUCCUGUGCCUUUUUGUAAAAACA